AUGAAGCCCCUUCCAACCCCGUUGAAACCGCGUGAUCGACGUAUUCUUCGUGUAUGGUUCGUACCGCCGCGUGCAGGCCCUAGGUGCGCUGCCCGCGGCCCCUACCUCCCGGACACCGCCCGGAACGGCGCCCAAACACCGCCAAACAAGACUUGCCGACCAGGGACAGUCCCGUCGUCGCCUGAUUUUGAUAAUUAUCGACGGCGGGCAACGAACGUCUCUGAGCCCGUAUUGCCCAGGACUGUAUUUUAUUCUCUGGUAACUCUCGCCGAGCCCACCGGCUCCUUGAAACAUCCACCCCAUAGCGUCUCAUCGUCAGCCUUCUGA